AUGCCAAAUCUACCAAGUAUUCUGAUCCCACCAGAAACACCAAGAGCCAAAGCUAAGGACUCUAAUGCAUCAAACUUAGGAAGUGUUAAUCGAAACAUUUUAACUCCUUCUUUCUCAUUUGGCUUGAACUUCCUGCCGUCGUUCAAUUUCAACUCACCUUCAAUCCAAGCAAUAUCACCAGGAAAUUUUUUGCAUAUUUCCAACAGCUUCAACAAGGCAAUUAACAGAACACCUAUAACAUCAGCUUCACUGGCAUUAGUGCCACCUUCCACAGGUAAAAAACACAAUCGAUUUCUUGAGGCUCUAACAAGAUCUUCCCAGCAAGAUGACGAAAACAAUAAAGAAGAAGACAAUGUUUCAGACAAAGAAAACAACGACGAAAUUUGGUCUACAAUAAACACGUCUCAGGCGCAACAUAAUUCAACAAACCAAACUUCAAUGUACGAGGACGAAAAUGACCAUGAAAAAGAUAAUUCCUUCUUGCGUCCAAACAAAUUGGAGCUUAAAAAAAUUGAAGAGAAUAAGAAAUCGCCUAGCUUGGAUAGAGCUGCUGAUAUAUCACCGAAAACAACUAGUGACAAUCAUGUGGUUAAAAAGAGAAAGUUAUCUACUGAUCAUGGUGUUACUGACUCCCCAAACAAUUCUGUUGCUUCAAAGAUAGACUCAACGAUGCAAUCACCAACAAACUAUCGGAAGCAAAGUGUUGCUUAUUCGACAAAAUCUAAUUCAAGCUCGGCUACUAAUGCCGAUGAUAAGGUUUGGUGGCCAGAACUAGAUGAUGUGUUAAUCAAGUCCUUGUAUAAAUACAAGAAAUUUAAAGAAGAUCAGGACUCCUUCGAUGCAUCAUCAAUUCUAAAAAAGACAUCACAGAAUAAGAUUAUAUCAAGGAUGUUGUUGAACAAAACUGGUGUUUUGAGAACUACAAAGCAAAUAUCAUCCCGUAUUUUCCGCUUAUCCAAAUCCGGAAAGUUGGUUAAAGAGACCAAAACCCCACAAACUGGAAGCUUUGGGAACAACGACCUAGAUAGUAUAUUGCUGACUCCCUUGCGAAGCCUAGUGAAUGCACGAGGGUCAAUUGAUUCCAUAAAACUCAAUACGGUCAUUGAUGAAGAAUUAGAUAUGUUGUUGGGCACAUCACCGAUAAAUGACGAGUUUGAUGAUACUCUGUAUAAAUUGGAAAUAAGAGACUUUAGAUUAAGUUUUAGAAGUGUCCAUGAUCAUCAUAUAUUCACCAAUUUGGUGUCCAUUGAUGUUAAUAAAUCAUUAUCUGUUCCAAUAGAAGAGGCCAUAAGAAUGAAGCUUGAGCUGAAAAAAGUACCUGCUUGGAUCAUCAAUCAUGACUUGAAUUUGAAUUGCCAUCACAUUGCCAGUUCUACACCAUGUUCUACUGCUACAGCAUCUCACCAAUUCCAACAACUGCAUUUAAAUCUAACCGGAGGCAAUUUUGAAUCUCAUAUGACAUUAGAUGUUUCAUGUGGAGAGAAAUCUCAGAGAAUGCUUAGCUGGAGGAGCUAUAUUGUUGUGUACAAGAAAGGAAGUAAACUUCUCGAAGUAGUUGAUGUUAUCAAUGGAUAUUUUAGCGAGUCUUCCAAAUCUUAUACUUUACAGAUCCCGUUUUUGAAGAAUUUUUUCCUUGGUUAUAUAACUUAUUUGGCAAAUGGUGCCGCAAUAACCCCAGAUGAGAAUUUGAAGAUAGUGCAAAUAAUCUACAGUAAUCCCAAAAGUGGCGCAAUGGAAUUUGAUUUGGAUGAAUCAACAGUGCGGGCUUAUAUUAUCCAUGAACUCAAUAUGGCAGGCACAUCAGGAAGUUCUAAAAUAAAUAUUGUUGAUGUUCAUAGCAAACACCAAUCUGCAUUAAAACAAGAGCAUGCUGAUAUUGAUGACAAUGAAACUGUUCUUGCGGAUUCGUCACCAUUUAAACUUUCGCCAAAUUCUUCAAGAAAUUGGGAUACGCCAAGUAAGUCACGAUUACGAAUCGAUGCAAAAAAGGCUAACGUUGAUGGUGGAGCCAUUGCAGGUCCAUUGACUGCUCCCAUUUACAAUGCCGAACUCUUGAACAAAAAAAUGCUUGACGAGCAAGAGAAAUUGAAGUCUAAUUUACAAAAAGACCAAGUAAGACCUCCUUUGAUGCAUUCACAAUCGGUUUGCAACGUUAAUUUAAGUACACAACGGGGUAAUUCAUCACCGGAAAUGGCAAAUAACUCAACAUUGGCCUUUUCAACACCAAUGACAAAUAGACAGGCUCCUAUUCAAAACAGUCUAGUACCAAGCAGCAACUUUACACCAUAUCAAAUUGCCCAAAAGCUGUUUAUUGCCAGAACACUACUGGAACUGCAGUUGCAGCUGCAAGUUGAUAUUCAAGAACAGCUGAAUACUCAGAGUCUUCCUCCUCAACAACUUGAAGGAAUGGUUAAUCCUCAGAUUCAUUACGUACAAACACAAAUGCCCCUGCAAGCUUCAACAGGAGUCGCCAUUGCUCUUCCUCCUCAAGUACAAAAUCAAUUACCGCAACAAAUAGUCCACCACAUCCCCCUUCAAAACUUGGGUCAGACAGGGAGUAUCCUGCAACAGUCAUUUCCUCUAGUAACUAACAAUAAUGUUAUCACUCCUGAUAACAAUUUUAUGAGACAGCAAUGGCAACAGCAAAUGUACUUCCAACAAGUUGCCCAACAACAAUUCCAGAAUAAUGGUUUCCAUAUGAGUACAGUGUCAGGGAAAGUACAACUGACAAAACAUAAUCUGAAAAUGGUAAAGCAUCCAAGCAAUCCAUCAUCUAGCCAACAGAAUGUACACAAUAAGGAGAAUAUCAAACCAAGACAAAUUACAUUCGGGCCAAUACUAGGACAUGAUCCUUCUCGAGACUUGAAGACUAUAAAGAAACAGAACACCAAGAAUAACGGUAUUGUUCAAUGUUUUCCUGCUAACACACAAAUCAUGUAUAAACCUAAAAAGUAG